AUGAUGGAGGCUGAAGUAGCGCUACCGCAGCUGGAUGAGGCCAUUGCGUACCUUCAGGUCGAAGUCGCCGCCCUCCGCGCUGGGGAAAAGGACGCCAACCUCCCAGCACUCGCAGUAGCCGUCGCAGCAGGCGAGGCGCCGCUCCCAGAGCCUCGAUUCGCGCCGCUAUUAGCAGUCUGGACGCCUGCAGCAUCCGCCAUCUCCACAGAGUUGGCGGCGCUCGUUGACCAGUUCGAGGCCGCCAGAAGGCGAGAGGAGGAGGCAGCACGCAAAAAAGAAGACGAGGACGUGAAGAUACCCGUUCAUUCGGCGCUACAGCGAGUGCGAGGCCAGAGGAGGAGACCCCGGACGAGACCCAGGAGGAGGUUCGAGGAUCCAGACGAGGGCGACGCCUCGCAGUCUGCAAGUGAUGGGACGCCCACGCCCUCACCUAGAGCAGAUGUUGCAGCUGUGACUGUCACUGUGAAUGAAAAGAAGAAAGCGGAAGAGAAACAAGUGGAGAAGGAGCACGAGAAGGUCGAGAAAGAGAAAGCUGAUGUGGUGAUGGAAGAGACACUCGCUGAGGCAAAGCGUGUGGAAAUGACUGAAGAGAAAGAAGAGACGACUGAAGAGAAGGUUGAAGAGAAGGCUACGGAGCACAAGGUGGACAGUGACGAGAAGGGUCAAGAAGAGAAGCCUGUCGAGGAGAAGAACCCCGAGAAAGAAGAAGCGGAGGCUGCGCUGGCGAGUCUGAAGGCUCUGAGGAAGAGCAUGCUGCUGGAUGUGCUGUCCAAGAUCGUGUCGGUGGCGAAGAGUAAGGCCGUAAACCCUGCCAUGUUCUCGACCCGUGGGAAGGUGGACGAGGACCAGGUGGAUCUGGAGAAGAUACAGGACCGAGUGGCACGUGGAGCGGUGUGCGAUUGGGCACAGUUCGCAGAGCAGGUGUAUCUCUUCUGCCAGCACGUGGUGACGGACGCGGAGCAGCGCGAGCAACCGGAAGCGAGACGCAAAGGCGUGGAAUUGCUGCAUUUCGCUAGGACUCUGACCGAGACGCUGCGUAAAGCUAGUGUCAAGAAAGAAGCCAUUUUGUUGCAGAAGAUUCGCGAUGCAGAGGACGAAGCGGCUGCUCGUAAGGAGGAAGCUGCUCGCAAAGACGAGCAACAAGCUGUUGUUCUUAUAGAGGAAGAUGAGAAGAAACGCGACGUUAAAGACGAUGAAAAGGACAAAGAUACCGAGACACUUCAAGCAGAACAGAAGGACGGUCAAGCAGAGACUGCUGACAGUCUGGACUCGAGUAGCAAGGCCCUUUAUGAAGAGGCUUCGGGUCCUCCACCGCUUACGCCAGCUCGGGCGUCAACAAGGAUCCGAACGCGAACGAGUAUUAGCAGUGACGGUCUCGCGCUCUGCCGCCCCAUCGCCGCCGUCUCACAACCCGCGUAA